AUGUCAAAUGGAUCAAUGGUCACCGUUGGAAAUGGACAAACAUUGUCCGAUUUAUUUCAUAAAUUUAUUCGAAUGACUGUUAAAACAGAUGAUCGAGAUGGACGAUUUAAAAAAAAUCAUUCAAUUUCAAAAACUCAUCAAAAAUCAAUUUAUAAUUCACCUAAUUCACAACGUAGUCGACGUUUAGUUGUUCAAGCAACAUCUCGAGUACCACCACCUCAACAUAAACGUACAUCCGCAAUUGCUUAUUAUAAUGUUUCCCCAAUUACAAUUGAAAAUAAUAGUAAUAUUCAUACUGAUGAUGAAGAACAAGAUAGUUAUUAUUCAUAUCAUAAUAGAAUAAUGUUACUUACAAAAAUGCGAGAUAGUAAAGGCCCGUCAACUGCUAAGUCGACUAAUGCAACUAAUACUGGUUAUGGAUCACAUCAUCAAAAUACAGCUGGUAUCGAUCUUCGAGAUAUGGAUGCAUCAUUUGGUGAUAUUGGAUUAAGUAUUACAUCAAAGCCAUUAGCAAAAGUACAGAAAUUAUCUGUUCAAACAGUUCUUAAUGGAUCAUUUCCACGAGUCAGUGAUAAACAACAAUCAACAUCACUUGUAACAGUUGGAUCACCAGGAGCAUCAGCGCGACUACAUCAUACAACUGUUCAUCAUCAUUCACAUCAUCAGCAUCAUGGAGCUGCAGCAGCAACAGCACGAAGUUUACGAAGAGAAAGAACUCGAGAAGGAAGUCUUAAAUCAUCAUCCAAAGAUACAGACAUAACAAGUAGUCAUCAUUUAUUUCAACAACAACAUCAUCAUCAUUCUCAUAAUACAAGUGGUUCUUCUAUUGUUUCAAGUUCUCAUCAAUUUUCUCGUUCAAAAAGUUUUUUUACUAAUACAUCAUCGGAUAGUAUUAAUAAACCUCCAAGUUUUCCAAUGAAACCAUCUGAAGCUUUAACAUAUUAUGGUGAUAAAUUAACUGAAUUUGAAAAAACUGAAAUAUUUGAUUAUAAUGAAAUUUAUUUUCUUGGUUUGGAAGCUGAAAAAAUAUCAGCAACAAGUAUUAAAGAUUAUGAUGAUGAAAAUGGUUCUUAUAUGAAAAUGAGUAAAGAUCAUAUUUGUUAUCGAUUUGAAAUCUUAGAAACAUUGGGUAAAGGUUCAUUUGGUCUUGUACUUCGUUGUUAUGAUCAUAAAAAAAAAGAAGCUGUUGCUUUAAAAAUAAUUCGAAAUAAAAAACGUUUUCAACAACAAGGUCUUGUUGAAGUUAAUAUAUUAACACAUUUAAAAACAUUAGAUUCGGAUAAUUCAUUAAAUGUUGUUCAUAUAAAAGAACAUUUUUAUUUUCGAUCUCAUCUUUGUAUUACAUUUGAAUUACUUGGAAUUAAUUUAUAUGAAUUAAUUAAAAAAAAUAAUUAUCAAGGUUUUAGUGUGCAUUUAGUCAGACGUUUUGCUAAUUCACUUUUACAAUGUCUUCGUGUUAUGUAUAGAGAAAAAAUAAUUCAUUGUGAUCUUAAACCAGAAAAUAUUUUAUUAAGACAAAAAGGAAGUAGUAGUAUUAAAGUGAUUGAUUUUGGAUCUGGUUGUUUUGAAUCACAACGAAUUUAUACAUAUAUUCAAUCACGAUUUUAUCGAGCACCGGAAAUUAUCUUAGGUAUACCAUAUACACCAGCGAUUGAUAUGUGGAGUUUUGGUUGUAUUCUCGUCGAACUUUUUACUGGUUAUCCAAUAUUUCCUGGUGAAAAUGAACAAGAACAAUUGGCAAUGAUAAUGGAAGUGAUUGAUUUACCACCAAAUCAUGUUCUUGAACAAGGAACUCGAAGAAAAUUAUUUUUUGAUUCAAAAGGAAUUCCUCGAACAGUUUCAACAAAAUCAUUAAAAAAACGUCGUCCAGCUAGCCGUCCAUUAGCACAAAUUCUUCGAACAACUGAUAAUAAUUUUAUUGAUUUUAUUCGUCGAUGCUUUGAAUGGGAUCCUGUCGAACGUUUAACACCCGAAGAAGGUUUACGUCAUCCAUGGAUUGUUGAAACAAAAUUAAAACGAUCAUCACAUGAAUCACGAACACGAUAUAAAACAAAAAAAGAUGAUAAUAAUAAUAAUACAACUAAUAAUAAUACAUCAAUAAUUAAUGGUGAUUCAUAUUUUAGUUUAAAUGAAACAACUGGUCAUGAAGAUAGUGCUGCAAUUGAAGACGAUAAACAAAUAAGAAAUGGUGGUUCAUCAACAAUGUUUCCUCGAAUUUCUAAUCAAUAA